AUGAUUAAAGAUCUAUUUAAUAACGACAACCACCUACUAGAAGAAGCCAUAGCCGAUGAAAACUUUUCCCUCUCCUUGUUUGAUGAUCUCAACGAUGUGCGUCCCCGGCCAUUAGAAAUAAAUAUGGAGAAUAACGCUUCUGAACCUUUGGGUAUCUUCGAGAUGUGUCCACACAUGAACGACGAAACCACCUGUAAAAAUACUUCCAAAGAUCCGCCAAGUGAAGGUAAACACUUCGCCCAGAGUCCUCAUGCUUUAAUCACCCGCGACUACACUCAGAAAAAAAAAAUAAAAAUUUCCCAUGUCCCUUUGCGAACUGAAAAUGUAUACCAAUCAGCAUAUCCUCUAAAAGUCCAUAACAGGAAACAGUCCGGCGAGAAACCGGUCAUCUUCAACUGGUUGAACUGCACUUGGAGAUUUUCAAGAUCUGAUGAACUAGCUAGGCUCUAG